AUGAGCCACCCUCUAAAAACGAAAAACGAAACCAUAAACCGCCCUACCAACGACGAUAGCAAGACUUAUAACAAGAGCCCUGAAGGCACGACCUCUACACACGCUGCCUUCAAACAAGUCAUCCUGAGCGGCAAGGGAAAUGUUAUCCUUCACACCACUGUUGGAGAUAUAGAACUUGAACUCUACUGGCAUCAUGCCCCCAAGACCUGUGAGAACUUUUACCAGCUCGCGCGAAGGGGUUAUUACAAUAAUACUUUAGUGCAUCGAGUCUCUCCCAACUUCAUCAUUCAAAUGGGGGAUCCAACUGGCACCGGGACUGGCGGUGAGUCGAUAUAUGGCAAGUACAUGGACGACGAGAUCUGCCCCGAAUUGCGGCAUACUGGGGCGGGCACGCUAUCCAUGGCGAAUACCGGUCAGCCGAACACCAAUGGUAGUCAGUUCUUCAUCGCCAUGUGUCCGUGUCCGCACCUAGAUGGAAAGAACACCAUAUUCGGUCGAGUAGCCAAGGGAUUCGACAAAUGCAUCUUAAUCAACAAACUGCAUGUCAACAAACAGGAAAGACCUCUCACCGAUGUUAAGAUUCUAAAAACAUUCGUCACCCUGCAGGGCCUCACCCCCAUCGAUUAA